ACACUUGGUGCUAACCGAGUAGGCGAUUUCACUUCAUCACCACUUCACAAAAGACUUCCAAAUUCACUGCGGCAGACACGGCAAAAUAAAAAUGUUAAAUACAUCCUGGCUGGGAGGGGACUGAAGCCGCCACGCUCAAUCAAAGGUUCGCAAUAAUAGGAUUCAUAAAGGGAAGAGAAAAAAAAAAAAAAAGACAGAUGGGAUUAGAAAAUGUUGCAGUGAAGACUCUGGAAUGAGAUGAGAUCACAGCACCAGCCUGUCUUUUGUGGACCGGCACAAUGAUCCCCGAGCCAGACUGGAUUAGGAAACCUCGCGACUAGGGGUUCAGAGAGAGGCCUCCGGUUCCCAGGCACUUUUGGGGAGAGAAGGCUGAAACGAUGCAUCAGAUUUACAGCUGCAGUGAUGAAAAUAUAGAAGUUUUCACCACCGUGAUUCCUUCCAAGGUGUCCAGUCCAGCCAGAAGAAGAGUCAAAAGCUCUCAACACCUCCUAACCAAGAAUGUGGUGUUCGAGUCAGAGCUGUACACGCCCAGGCCCCUGGAGCUGCUGCCGCACCGCAGCGACCGCCGCGACGUUGAGGGCCGCAGGGCCAGCCGGUUCCAGAACGCCCGGCUGCAGGGACCCCACCCCGCCAAGACCCCCGCCAGGCCUGUGGGGAUUUCUGAACCCAAAUCAGCAAAUCUGUGUGGGAAUCGAGCAUACGGAAAAGCUUUGAUGCCCCCGGUGGCCCGGAUCUCUGUGAAAGCCCCGGGCGUCCUGGAGGCUGCAGCUCCGGGCCCUGAGAACGGAGCCGCUCUGACCAGAGGAUCCAGACACCUCAAGAAGAUGACUGAAGAGUACCCAACCCUCCCGCAGGGAGCAGAAGCCUCCCUGCCGCUGACGGGAAGUGCUUCCUGCGGCGUCCCCAGCAUCCUGCGGAAAAUGUGGACCAGGCACAAGAAGAAGUCUGAGUAUGUGGGAGCUACCAACAGCGCCUUUGAGGCCGACUAAAGGCGGCCCUCCCCGGGGACCCUGCGCUGGCCCCCGUUCACCGCACAAGGGGAGGAAACUUCUGGAUUGGAGCUGAGCCACAUUCACCUCUGCUAGUCGCUGGUCCACACGCAUCUCCCUCCUGUACUAACCGACCGCCCUGGCUUAGGACUCUGGAAAGAAGCUGCCCUCGAAGGCAAAAGAGAACUGUUCCUUCUUAGAAUCGAUAAAGACAUUAGUCUGAAAGUGCCUUCGGGAGGUCACAAAGUUUAUAUCCUUAUCUUUAAGCAAAACCGCACCCAAAUCAAACUUUCCCAACCCAUCUUAAAGCCCGCCAAGGAAGGAAGCGGGCAGUUCCCCAGUUUUCCUUCCGAGUUGCUCUGAGUUCUGGCAUAAAUGUUUCAGAGCUUGACAUUUGAGGCACUGUAAACACGAAGGCUUCUCACUGUUCCUGUUACCAUAUUUAUUUUAUCUAGUGAGGUAUGAUUUUUAGUGGCAAAGCACUGUAUACACAUUUACUUAGUAGUUCUAGCAUUCAUGUGGGAGUAUUGUCGAGAUCAAUUUUGAUGAUCAUUUGGCAUGAUUGCAUGAAUUCUCUAUUCUUUUACAUGCAGUUUUUCUAUAGAAAAACAUGAUUAAAAUUCUGAAUGCUAAUGUUUUUCAGAAGUGGCACAGUCUAGUGGAAUUGAUAAUACCUUGCUUUGGUAUAAUGAUGUUAACUUUUGAAAGUGCUCUCCCAUGUAUUACCUCUUAAAUUCACAAAAUCCCCAUUAAAGAAGGCACAGUUAUUCCCAGUCUACAGACGAGGAAGCCAAAGUCUUAAGUUACAUGACUAGAUGCCAGAGAGUGGGCCUAGAUGCGAGGUCCUCAACUUCUCUGCCAGCCUCCUUGCUUUGCUUGCUCUAGCAAUUGAUUUGAGGGCGGUUUUGAGAGGUCGGAGUAUGUCUUUGGAAGCAAUCUUUGAAGGAAAGGAUUUGACAAAGUUAGAAUAAGUAAGUGAUAUAAAUGAAAUACAUCAUUAUGUACCAGAUAGAACAAGAAGAAAUUGCUGUUUUUUAGGUCAAACAUAAUUGAUGAUCAACUUCAUAUGGUUCAGCCUAAUGUAUAAUAUUCUUCUUGCGAUGGAAAUGUCAUCAAUUCCAUUAUCAACAUCAGUAGCCCUAAAAUGACAGUAUGAUAAUGGUAGCUACCACUUAUGCCUACUCUGUGCCAGGCGUGAUACUGAGCACUUUAUAUACAUCAUUGCAGCCUAUCAACUCUGAGUUAGAUAGCCUUCCCCACUUAACAGACAACCCCACUUUAAAGCAGUUACAUGAUUAGUCUGAAGGCACCUAACCCCUAUGGGUGUCAGGCUCCCAUGCCUGUUACAGCUACUCCUUCAUACAGAAUAUUCAGAACAUAGCGAAGCACCAAGUUUAGUAAAUAAUUUUCAUCUCAAAUGCUAAACAUACUUGAUUGGCACAGGCCGCCUGCAGUGAUGUGUGGGGCUGGAACCAGAGACAGAGGAGUGCAGUGAUCAACUGGUAAUGCCUGUGGGGCGGAUUCGUGGCUGUGCCUCCUGUAUUUGUCCUCUGUGGUCUCAACUCUGCCCCCAGGAGGCUUGUUUUCUAAUUCAGAAGCUUGAAUUAAUCCAACUCAUUUAACAAAGCCUAAGACUAGGUUAGAAAUUGCCAUGUCUUGGUACAAAGGAGACUUUGGCCGCAUCACUGGUCUUGGACUCGACUAUUACUAGUAUGCUGCUGCUCUGUGGCCACGUGUUGCUUUUUGCUCUCUAAACUGCCUGUUUCCAUAUCUCCCGGUAAAAUAUAAGAAGUCACGGGGGAUAAGAGGCCUGGGUUUCGGGGCUUCCACCUCGCUGCCCUCUGCUCUUCAAACAUUGUUUUAGGCUCUGAACGCCCAGUCCUCCCUUCGGAAUAUGAUUUGGAGAUUUGAGCAUCAAGUGCUCGUUCACUGAGUGCCCCAGUGGACUGUGUCAUAGUCUUACACUACACUGUAUAGAUAAGGGGGCCCAGAGCAAAGGGAGGGAGGAAACAGGUGGUUUACACCGAACCUGUCAGAGUAUCCUACGACUAUUUAUUUUAACUUAUUUACUUUAUAACUGAUGUCCUCUAUUUGUAUGUGGCAGCUGGAGAUCUAUGUAGGAUGGAACUUAUUUAUUUUUCAUUUAAAUAGUUCAUGAUUAAAGUGUUUGCCUUGUAUAGAACAUUUUAAUUGGCCAAUUCAAAUAAAAAUAAAGGAUGUUUUGUUCGUGACAUUAAUAAAUCAUCA